AUGCCUAUUUCUAAUAAUCCUCAUUAUUGUCAUGAGCAAAUACAAAUACCUCCAGCUCUUCCAGACAUUUUAAAGCAAUUCACCAAAGCAGCUAUCAGAACGCAACCUAAAGACGUUCUCAAGUGGUCUUAUGCAUAUUUUAAAGCGAUGGCACAAAGUGAAAUACCACCAGUUAAAGAAAGACUUGAGCUUCCAAUAAGUACACAAAAAACAGACACAGGUUUAACACCAGGAAUUUUAAGAAUUUUAAAUAACCAGCUUGCGUCAUUGAAAAUCGUAUCGUUAUCUGUCAUUGAAGAAAAAUGGAAAGAUUUGUCGCUACCGGUUGAACGAUUUCAAGAAAUUUGUCGCAUAGGAAAUUUCGCAAAUAUCUGUGAAUGGAGGUGGUUUUUGGCACUUGCUGCUUCUGAUUUAUGUGCCACAUUAUCAGAAACUUUGAAAUUGAUAUGUGAAAUUUUAACGGCAGAUCCUGAAGGUGGGGCAGCUAGAUUACCAUUUGAGCAAUGGCUAGAAUUCUAUCGUUAUCUUGCGAAAAUAGAUGAUAUACCAGAUGAACAUAUUAAUAAAGUGUUAGCUCAUUUGAGUUUUGAUAUUGCAACUCAAAAUGGUGCGAUUGCACCUCGUAAUUUUAUGCAUAAAAAUUGUCCGAAAUUAAAUCCGAGCGAAGAAGUAAAUUUACAUGCUUUUAUAGAAUCAACGGUUGAAGACUAA